AUGGCGCUCCUCUCCGACCCAUCGUGUCGCUCAAAGGAACUCCAACGUACUGAGGUCAUGGUAUCUUUUGAUGUUACCUCCCUUUUUACUUCUAUUCCCCAGGACCUGGCGAUCGAGACAGUUGAACUGCUACUACAAAGCAAAUACGAUGAAACGGAGAACCGUCUUGGACACGCCCAAAUCCUUCAGCUCCUGAAGUUCUGUCUCAGGACGUACUUCAUGUUCGACGGGACAAUCUACGAACAGGUGAAGGGCACACCAAUAGGUUCGCCGAUUUCGGGAUUCAUCGCCGAGGCGGUCCUGCAACGGUUAGAGUCGCUGGUCUUCCAACACCACAAACCGAAGUUCUGGGCCCGGUAUGUGGAUGAUACCUUCGUCGUCAUCGAACGGGAUCAGUUGUUGACAUUCCAAGAACAUCUCAACGCCGUCUUCCCGGACAUUCAAUUUACGAUGGAGGAGGAAGAGAACAACCAGCUGGCCUUCCUGGAUGUCCUCGUAUGCCGCAAGGAUAGUGGUGGACUAAAGACCAAAGUAUUCAGGAAAGCGACAAAUACGAUGCAAGUACUGAACUUCAACAGUAACCACCCAAUCAGCCACAAACGCAGUUGUUUAAGGACGCUCUAUCGGCGUGUCGAAACGCACUGCAGUGAGUCGGAUGACAUGAUUGCCGAACUACAAUACCUCCGACGGGUCUUCAAAGCCAAUGGCUACCCGCGCAACUAUAUCAACCGGUGCAUACGCAAAAAGGACGAAAGGCCUAACCGCACGGACACCGAAGUUUGGCGAGCGCUUCCAUAUGUCAAGAACGUUUCGGAAGCUGUCGGCCGCUUUCUCGCACCACUUGGGGUUGGAGUUGCACACAGACCGGAGGCAACCAUCAGGCGUCAGUUAAUGAAACCGAAAGACCCACUGCCACGGCAAGAAACCUCGGGAGUCGUUUAUGGGAUCUGGUGCAGUUGCGGACAAAGCAACUACGUCGGAGACACCGGAAGACAACUCCAAACGCGAAUGGCCGAACACGCUAAAGCGGUGCGGAGAAAUGACGCUAGCUCUCAAGUUGCGGCUCAUUCGACGAGAUCCGGCCACACAUUCAAAUUCGACGAGGUAGAAAUUCUCGCAAGAAGUGACAACCGCUUGAGCCGGGAACUGCUUGUGUCAUGGUUUACUGGUUCCCAGUCUAUUAACAAGUGCAACGAUCUUCCCAUUCAAUACUCCGUGCUGAGACUUCGUCUAGGCGGAGUAAUUGGCCAUGCGGGGAGAGCACAGGUAAACACUCUUCCCAACACCCGGGUAACGCGUCAGAUGGUCGAGCAAUCAUCACACCAACAUCCAACGCACGUGAUGCAAUUGCAGCAAUUAACGACGCGAAUGUCGGCCAUCACGCCACGUGUAAAGAUCCCUGAUGAAGGUGAGGGAGCCGUGAAUAUUCAUAGGUAUGCGGUAGCAUGGCCACUGCAUCCCAUAAAUACUGCAGCCGCAUAUGCAUGA